AUGGCUGAGACAGACGAAGACCUGGAGGCACUGCUGAAGAGGCUGCGCUUGGAGCGCUUUGCCGGCCCGCUGGCGGACCUGGGGGCUGAAUCUGUGGCAGAUCUGAGCUACCUCCAGGAUGCAGACUUGGAGAAAGCUGGGAUCCCAGUGGUACCUCGGAGGAAGAUCCUCGAGGCUGCUGGUGGCCAGUGGAGAGUCACGACCUCACCACCGGCUGGGCCGGCCGCGCCGGGGUUCCAGCUGCCAGCUUUGCAAGACAAGGGACCCGUUCCUGGCCUGCCAGCUUUGCAAGACAAGGAGCUUCCGAAGGAGGCCGUCGGACUGAGUCUGAAGGCCUCGGAGCCUGCAGCUCGACAUCCCUGGGAGUCCCUGGACGAGGAGGAAGGCUUUGAGCUUUCUUCGGAAGCGAAAGACGAGCUCAAGCUGCUCAUGCGAGACCUCAGGAAUCUCCGCGAAGACUUUGCCACUGUGAAUUGCCUGGACCUGAACUCCCGGAAUCAUCUGCAGAGCCUUCCGAGCAGGGUCGCGCUUCGCAGCAUGGGCUUGCUCGGCUGUGGAAAUACCUUCUACAUGGAAGGCAUCCGGAAGCCUGGUGCCGCCUUGGCCGCGCGCGCCCGUGGAGCAGCGCUGGAUGAAAGGAAGCCCGGCGCGAAGAAAGCAGAGCCCUUCGAGGAGUGGGUGAAGCUUUUAGAAAGCUUCGCCGCAGCCAACAAGCUAAGCGAGGCCACGCGCAACUCCUUGGAGGGCCUCGACCGCACGCAGGCCUUGCGGGUCAUGGGCUUCACCACUGCGCUGCGAUUUCUUGCUGGCCCGGUGGUCCGUGGAGAGGCCGAGCUGGAAGUCAGCACACGCCUGUGGGCCGCCAAGAGCGAUGCACCCAUGGAGGCCGUGCUGCCACGCGGAGACACCGAACCCACUCGAGGUGCCGGCGCGACGAAGCGCGACCGCAGUCGGAGCCGAAGAAGGGCCAGUGAUUCGCUGCCGGGUCUUUCCCGGCAUGUGGACACCUUCAUCGAGCUCAACGAUUUGGACGAGCGAACCAGCACCAUCCUGCGAAAGCUGGAGGCGAAGACAGUGCUGCAAGUCAUGGGCCUGGCUGGGGCGGAGAACUCUUUCUUACUCCGAGGCGUUCGUGAGAAGUCCAAAGCUGUCCUCAACCGCCUUCGGAAAGUCCAGGAGAUCGGGCAGGAUGCAGAGCUUUUUGGGCAGCUCUCCAAGGUCAUGGAGGCACGCCCGGGGCACGGGCGCCUCACGGGACCCGGGAGCGGCGAAGAAGCUGCGCAGGCGAUCAGCGCCUUAGCUCCGCGCCAGGUGAUGGUGGAGCUGUGCCAGCGUCGGUAUGGACAGGUCAUGACAUCCUUACAGAUGGGUCUGCCCAUGCGGCCGCCGUCGAAGCUGGACUUGCUGGGCAACGUCCAUGGAGGACUUCUUCAACAUGAACUGGCACCGAUUCUCCAGGCAGCACGCAGUGUCGGUGCCGCUAUCCUGCCAAUCGACAGGCCGCAAUCCGCUACUCGAAGUCGAGUGGCUCACAGGCUUUGGCAUCCCAAGUUGCUGCAGGGCCUCUUGUCCUUUGCCGGCUACUCAUUAAGGAAGCAGCGGGACAGUCUGUCACCUGCACAACCCUACGAUGCAGAAGAGAUCCGACGCGAGUUGGAGCGCUGCUGUCCCGUUGCGCAUGACGUUUUGAUUGAUGAGCGCAGCUUUUACUUGGCACAGCAGGUGGCAGUCUCCUCAGUGCCGGAUACUGAUGUCGCCGUGGUCUGCAGCGCGCCGAUGAGCACGUACUUGGUAUCUGCACUUCGCCAAGUGCCUGACCUGCAGAAGGCGAAGGAUCCUCAAGCUGGUGCGACAAGGCUUUUGAAGUUGGCCAAGCGGGGCGUCCCAGUGUGGCCGCUCUACGCUUUUGCCUAUGGCCUCGUGCCUGCUGGGCUCACUGCCUUCGCCGCCGUUUGCUUCUGGGAUGCUUUCCUAUACCCGGCCUUGUUUCAGGAAAUGUCUAGCCAGCCAGAGGCAUGA